GGGUAGUUUCUUAGUUUCCGCCAGUAAAGAUCAGCUCUUUAUCAGUUCACCAUUUCUUUCUGGGGUGGUUAGUCCAUUUUCUUGAUUCAAGUGUCGGGACGAAAAGAAUCUAUAAGCUAAUGGAUUCUCCAACAGGCAUAAGAUGGAGGAGGCUAGGGGGCCUCAAACCUAUUAAAACCAAGAGGAAAAGUAAAGAAGUAGAAGCGGAUACUAACAAGAAUAUGGUAGAAGAAGAAGAACCAUUAAGCCCCUCAGCUCGUUUGUUUCACGAGCCCAACUUCAAUGUCCAUGUCACGACCAUCCUGGGAAUCAAAACUCCACUUUCCCCACAAGUUAUGAAGGAGAAGCUGAUGCACACUUUGGUUAAGCAUCCUCGCUUCUCAAGUUUGCAGGUUGUGGAUGAGAAAACUGGAGAGAUGAAAUGGGUUCGGACAAAGGUGGACAUAGAUCAGCAUGUUGUGGUACCAGACCUGGACCGCAACAUGGGAUCACCAGACAAGUUUGUGGAGGACUACGUAUACAACCUUAGCAAAUCCAGUCUUGACAAGUCUAAACCUCUUUGGGACCUCCAUCUUCUCAAUGUCAAAACAUCUGAUGCUCAAGGUGUUGCGGUCGUCCGCAUCCAUCAUUCUCUGGGAGAUGGCACGUCUCUAAUGUCUCUUCUACUGGCUUGCACCCGCCAAGUAGCUGAUCCAGAUAAACUGCCAACAAUUCCAGGCCAGAAUAAGAAGACCACCAACUCGUUUUCAGGCCUCUCAAAGCCGAAGUUCUGGAAGUAUUACUUAAUUGCUGUAUGGUUGUUCAUCCAAUUAAUUUGGAAUACCAUAAGAGACAUUGUGAUGUUUGGAGCUACAGCGUUGUUUUUGAAAGAUACCAAAACUCCAAUCAAGGCUCCCCCAUGUUCCGAGUUAAACCCCAGGCGAGUUGUUUACAGGAUUGUUAGCCUUGACGACAUGAAGGUGGUGAAAAAUGCAAUGAACAUGACCAUAAACGAUGUUGCACUUGGAAUUACGCAAGCUGGUUUGUCUCGGUAUCUCAAUAGGAGAUAUGCUGAAGGUAAGAAAGAUGAGGGGGAGACUCAGAAGAGAAACAACCUGCCGAAGAAUAUUCGACUGAGGUCAACCAUCCUGAUUAACCUGAGGCCAUCUGCAGGAAUUCAGGUUUUAGCAGAUAUGAUGGAGAAAGACGCUGAAGCCAAGUGGGGAAACUGGAUUGGUUUCGUGCUUCUUCCCUAUAAAAUUGCAUUACGAGACGAUCCUCUGGAUUAUGUUAGAGAAGCAAAGGCAACCAUUGAUAGGAAGAAGAAUUCCCUUGAGGCCGUUUACACAUUCUCCAUUGCUGAUUUGGUGCUCAAAUUUUUCGGAGUUAAGGCAUCCAGUGACCUCUCUCACAGAAUUAUCACGCAGACAACAAUGUGCUUCUCCAACAUAGUUGGACCACAAGAAGGAAUCGGGUUCUAUGGCCAUCCAAUUGCAUAUCUUGCUUCAGGUUCUUAUGGCCAACCCCAUGCACUGAUGAUUAAUUUCCAAAGCUAUGUGAACAAGAUGACUAUGGUUCUAUCAGUCGAUGAAAGCGUCAUUCCUGACCCUCACCAGCUGCUUGAUGACCUACAACUAUCACUCCAGCUCAUCAAGGAUGCAGUCCUAGCUAGCUGCUAGUCCUGAUUCAUGAACUCAACAGACGAAAAGUACCCAUCCACCAAGAGAUAGCGCAGCUGAAUAACACGCACCGGUGCUGCUAAAGUCACAAGACAAUCAACUACUAUGCAUUUGUUUUGUUUAAAAAAAAAAAAAAAAACCCAUUUCAAUAACGUACUAAAGAAUUUCAAUAAACCUAGGUUAUGAUAUAGCCAUAUUUUCCAGCCAUCCCAGUUUGUGACCGAAUGUAGAUUGGAUGAAUAAUCUAGAGGAUGUACAUAUGCUCCUUUGGUUCAUUGCA